AUCAUUAUCACUGGUUUCAGGGGCCAAUGAUGUCUAUAUGCUUCCGGGAGGGUAUCCAGAUUAAACCUGAUGCUCUCGAUCAGAUAAUCAUAGGCUCAAACCAGGAUAUAAGGCAGGUUCUUCACCAUCUUUCUAUGUGGUCAGCCAAUGAAAAAAAUCUACAGGUUAAUGAUAUGAAGCGAGAAGCAGAAAAAGCCAAGAAAGACCUGAAAAUGGGUCCAUGGGAUGUGUGUAAGAAAGUAUUCUCUGAAGCUGACCACAAAACAAUGAGUCUCUAUGAUAAGUCUGACUUGUUCUUCCAUGAUUAUUCCAUUGCACCUCUUUUUGUUCAAGAGAAUUAUCCAAAGGCUGUUCCACAUAUUGCUAAGGGUAAUCGUCGUGUGACUUUGGAACAGCUUGCCAAAACUGCAGGCAGUCUUGCAGAUGGAGACUUAGUAGAGAAAGCCAUUAGGUCUAAAAAUGCAUGGUCUCUCCUUCCUACUCAGGCAAUGUUCAGCAGUGUUUUGCCAGGAGAAUAUAUGUCUGGGCAUUUAGCUGGACAGAUUGAAUUCCCACGAUGGCUGGGCAACAACAGUCGUCGCAACAAAUUUGAUCGCAUCAUGCAAGAGCUCCAAAUGCACAUGAGGCUUAAGAUUUCUGGUUCUAAAUUAGAUGUUGGAAUGGAUUAUUGUGGGCAUCUGAGAAAUGCUGUGAUCAACCCCUUAAUCCAUCAUGGGCAAGAUGGUGUACAAGAUGCUGUAAAAGCUAUGACCACCUAUGAUCUCUUGCGAGAGGACCUGGAAUCCUUGUUAGAACUUAGUCAGUGGCCGGGAAGCAAGGAUCCAAUGAGUAGGGUUGAUAGCAAGGUCAAAGCUGCCUUCACACGCCUUUAUAACAAAGAAAGCCAGCCAAGUCCAUAUGUUUCUGUACAAAUAUCCAAAAAGAAGGGAAACAGGGGUGGAGAUGACAUGUAUGAUGAGGAAGAAGUAGAGGAAGAUGAAGAGGACACCGAUGAUGUAGCUUCAGAUGCCAUGAUUAAGAUCAAGAAGGGUGGACAAAAGAAGGUGACAGAAAUUGGCAAAGUAAAAGGCAAAGGAUUACCCAGCAGUAGAGGAAACAGUGGAAGAGGGAGAGGAAGAGGGAAGAAGUAAGAAGUAAGAGAUAAUAGGGAUGAUGGAAGCAUGUUAGUGUCAGUAUUUCUGUAAGGUGUUACAGAUUUAUAUAAGAGUUCUUUGAAAUUCACUUGAAUUAGUAUGAUAUUCUUUUGGAAAGUAUUGAAACUGUAAUGAGAAGUAAAAGCUAUCUGUAGCUGCUGAAAAUAUGCAAAAAAAUAUAUUAUUUGAAGAAAGAGAAAUCCUAGUUUUGUUCAAUGGUUACAGAAAAUGAAAUUAUUAACAAGACACAACUACUCAUUAACCUAUGUGUAGGUGCAGACAGAUACAAACAUUUAAGUGAAAAGUUAGUUUUGACAUCAAGUACAAUAAAGUAUUUUAUAUAUUCAUAAGGACAAUUGUGUAAAAAAAGAAAAAAAGGAUUUUUUAGCUUUAGGUGUCAUAUAUAAUGCUGGUGUGUCUAUACUAUAUUUAACUUGUUUCAUUGUCAGAUUGAUGGUAGUGAAGCUGUAAACAUCUUUAGAUGUGUACUUCAUACUAAAUACAUACCAGAUUUUGUAGGUAUGUCAUUUGUCAUAAUUAAAGUAAAUCAGUCAUUAAGUUCUAACCAAGAAACCAGGUAUUCAGUGGAAUUCCCAUGUCUUUCCCUAGAGAAUAUUCCAUAUAAGUAGUAAAACAUAUAUCAGUAUCAUAAAAUGUUUUGCUUAUACAUUUUUCUAAAUAUAUUCUUGUUUUACUCACUUUCAGUAAAAAUCCUGUUUAGAAUUCUAAUGUUGAAUCCAAGGCAUGGAGAUUUAGUGGAUUUCAACAAUAUUUGUAGUAUGGUGAUCCAUUAGGAUGUGCCCCAUUGUUUUUAUACAUAUAUAAAUAAAAUCUUCCUGUAUUUGAAAUUGCAAGUUGUUAUUAAAGCGUGAACUUGAUAUGGUUGAUGUUGAGGCUAAUUUAUUAAUCAGACCAAUUUUACAUACUGAAGAAAGUGUACCUGCCAAGCAUGGGUCAUCUUUAGCAUUCAAAUUAACCAUUAACCAUCCACCAUCACAAACAUCACUGCAAUGGCCAAGUAUGCUAAGUGAAACUGGAAAUCUAUUAGAUCUUGGCUACAGAGUAUCCUCUUCGAUGAAAGUAUGGAAUAGUUGUAAAGAGCUAGACUAUAUUCAAAUUUUCCAUAACUUUACAUCCCAUCUUUGUCACGUGGUAUUUUUUAUAAAGAUGUAGUAUUUAA